CCAUAAUAAAAGAAGAAGAAGAAGAAAACGCACAUUACUGAUUGAUUAUUUAUGAAAAUGAGCACAGAAUGAUUUUAGAUUACCUAACUAAUUAAAAGGAGAAGAAAAUGUCUCAUAGAAGAUCUAGUUUUCAAGCUAAUGAUUUGUUCCCUAGAGAAAUAGAUAUUGAAAUAUGUUUGAAGACAUUGAAAAUAUUUCAAAAAAUAGAAGGCGACGUCAACUGCGUUGUGUGGGAUGCGUCUUUGGUUUUAGCAAAGUAUCUUGAAACUAUGUGCCACAACAAACCAGACUUUUUGAGUGGUCUGAAGGUAUUGGAAUUGGGGUCUGGAUUGGGUGUAGUUGGACUCACAGCUGCUACGUUAGGUGCACAGGUAACCCUUACAGAUUUGCCUGAAGCAUUACCACUUCUUCGAUUGAAUAUCAAUGAGAAUAAGUCAAAAAUAUGUAGCAUGGGAGGAUAUGCUGUUGCAGAAUCACUGAUAUGGGGAGAUAACUCAUCAGAAAUACUCAAAGAGGAAUUUAAUAUGAUUGUGAUGGCAGAUUGUGUUUAUUAUGAAGAAGUGAGUGUUGCUCGUAAACUGUAGAUGUGAAAAAGUAUUUUUUUAUAUAUAAUAUCAUUAUUAUAUAUAAAAAAAUACUUUUUCACAUUAGCUUCGUUUUGUUACAGGCUAUAGAUUCUCUUAUGCACACAUUACUGUGUUUAGUAAAUACAUUGGCAAAGAAACCAACAAUAUAUUUGACUCAAGAACUAAGAGAUACUGAGAUACAAAAAAGAAUAUGGAAUAAAUUUUAUGAACUGUUAACUGAUAAUUUCCAUGUACAAAAAAUUCCAGAGGAGCAGCAACAUACAAAUUAUAGAAGUUCAGAUAUAAUUUUACUAAAAUUAAAUAAAAAAUAAUGGCUAGCUACAAAAUUUACAUAGAACUCUUAUUUGGUCUAAUGUUAAUAAUAUUAUUUGUUACAAGUAGUCAUCCUUGAAAUAUUACAAAAGCUGUUAUGGCAAGACUUUGGUCAUAUGACAGUCAAUCACAAUGUCUUUGGUUGGUGUUCGGUCGAUCAUUUCGUUUUGAUUAGCAAAAAUGGCAGUGAAAAUGGCUAUGCAUUGGAUACUUUUGGUGUUCUUGAUAAUUGGUGCCAAUGCUUCGGGGGAAUUCACUGUGCUUCAUAGUCCUAAAUCCUUGAAAUUUACGGGAUCUUCCAAAACUUUAGAGAGUCAGCUCAAAGAAAUAUUCUCUGCAUCAUUAGGCCUUUCAGUGGAAGAGAAUUCUGAAUGGAAUGGUCUCUCGAUUGUCGAUCCAUUUAGUACACCUGAAGCUAUUGUUGAAGUAUAUGUAGAUGGUGUAUCUAGCUUAGGAAACCCUGGUUUAUCGAAAUCGAAGAUCUAUCCUCUGUCUGUGGAUGAGUAUGAACCAGAUACAUUUGAGGCUGUAGAGCACCGAAUCAAGCAGCAUUUUACAAAUGGGGGUAACAAGCUGGUAAAGAUUGACCUUUCUGAUAUUGACCAGUUAAUUUCCAGAACUGAUGUUUUUGGUAGCAUCACACCACCUAAGGCCAAAAAAGUAACCUUGCAACAUCUUAAAUAUUCCAUUGAAGAAGAUUUUCAAUUCCUCACAGAGCUUGAAGCUUUAAAAACUGUUGCUAAUCAGGUUAAAGCUAUCAAACCGGAUGAUGUUAUUGACUUCUACAACUUUAGAUUCAGGUCAUUACAUGCUCUUUCUGACUUUCAUGGACCCAAUUCGCUGCAAGCUAAAGAAGCGAAAAAAUUGUUGAAUGAAGCUUUAUUAGAACUAAGCAAAGCAUUUGAGAAGGCUUACGAUGGGUCGGUGCUGGUGACUGUGGUUAACACCGAUGUAGCACACACAAGACGCACCAUUCGCUCACCCGAAAACGAGAAGCAAGUUCAAAAUGGGACUGUCGAGCACAAUGAUGAUAAAUAUUCUUCAGAAUACUCUGCCAUUUUCAAUAUCAUUCUUUGGUUUGGAAUAGUAUUUUCGUUUACUCUAAUUGCCAUUGUAUAUGCAAUCAUGGAUAUGGACCCUGGCAGGGAUUCCAUCAUUUACCGAAUGACCAGCACUAGAAUGAAGAAAGAUAAUUAAAUAUCAAUUAUUUAACUUGAUGUAAUCACAAAGAACUUGAGUUUUGGAAACACCCUGUGAUCAAGUUCCACCAAUAAAAGCUGCUGUUGGUUUUGUGCUUACUACAUUCGCGGAAACAUUGUUUGAAAUACCUACUAGUAGCUUACAUACGUUAUCCUAUGAUAAACAAUGUUCAACCAGUUAGGUAAUGUAAAUUUAGACUAAACUUAGAUAUAUGAUUUGUUGAAAUUGUAUGAGCACAGUUUAUUUAUUUGUAAAUCUGUUUCUAUGUACAUAAGUGUGUUUAGAGUACAAUUCCUACUUUAAAAAUAGAUAUUUAUAAUUUUGUUUGUGUAUUGAAUUUGAUUUUGGAAAAUGUUGAAGUAUUGCUGUGUAAUCAGUUUAAAAUCAUAAAACCUACAUAUGUCUUACGUAUUCUUAGAGUAAAUGAAACACAUACAUUUAAAUGUUCAAAUAAAAGUAUAAAACGUUAAACCACAUUCCCACU